GCUAUUUCCGGUACGGAAGUGCAUGGUGGUAUCUAUGGUUAUUGUACACAAAGGGGGAACAGCCACAUAUCAUCAUGGCUGAAAUAACUCAUCCCAUUUACACCCCCAAAAUGGGGACAGAUUUUCUGUCAUCAACAAAUUUCAAGGUUGCUCAAGACAUGUCUGUUACACCAGGGUCUAUGCAAAGUAUAUUCAAGAAAGACUAUCCUUCUCACAAACACUAUGGUCGAGAUGCUGAAGCAGAGCGCCCUGCAUUGGCAGAGGUCAUGCACAGAGAUGGAACCUACUUCAGGGAAAAGGCAUCCGAGACGACCAAGUCAUUUGAAUACAAAUACAUGCCUAAGAUGGUGGUUCCAGAUGUACACAGAAAACUGAGAUCAACCAAUUUUAAGAUGGAUUCAGAUGUAAAUAAAGUGAAAUCAUUUCAGACAAUGCAUGAUUCGUAUUUUACACCCAAAAUGGAUAGUGAUUAUGAGCGAGUUCAGCCUAUAACAGCGUUGUGGGAGGUGAACAUUCCUCAGGGAGAUCGAGAGAAGGCUGACGAGCCUUGGUCUGACUACAGGGACCGGUACAGGGGACACGACACCACUGUACACAGAGUAGAAAAAGCACCCUCCAUGCACGAAGGAGGGCCUCCUACUGUAAAAGGUGAUAGUCGCUACACUCAUUUCGACACAACACACAAUGCCACAUUUAUGGGAGAGUUUCAGCCCCCUAUCAAGUCCUUGCCUGCACCUACAGGUACCAAUGUGCCUGGUGGUGACCCCGGCAAGGAGACAGUAAGGGAGACAACCAUGCAGUACUCAUUUCCAACCAAAGUAGGAAACAGUGAUUACAAACCUUACCUGAAGGAUGAGGUCAGCAGAACACUGGGCAAGACCAACUUCAAACAAGUGGACGGCCACUGCAAAUACAAUGACUAUCAGAGUACUGCCACAGUGUCCUACCUACCAGUCACAACACCUUACCACAGAUACAGACCAGGCAAAGACCGUAACCAUAGUGAUCUGCCAGAAGGAGACCAUGAUGAACUCAGAGGUGGAGAGCGGGUCAAUUUGACAACAAGUCGGUAUUACCAUGGAAACCCACCCUCUGGUUUACACAACAGCAUCAUAUCUGGAGCUAAUCUAAGGACUAAAAGUAAUGUGUGGUUCGGAGAACCGAGCAUGUCAAAAACAUUCUACGAUACCACAACAGAUGACAACUUCCAUCCAGUCACCGUGCCCUACACCUAUAACCGAGCCAAGUUCUACAAGGAUAGCGACAUCCCCUUGAACUACUAUGAAAAGAGUGAAGCUAAGCACACAUCCUCAUGGACAGAUUACAAGAACCCAUACCGAGGGAAGACUGUACCCAACCCAGUGGCUAUCAAUAAUUUGAGAAAGUCCAACAUUUUGCCCCCACUCAGUGGCCCCCAGAAACACAGCACUACCCACCAAGUGACUUUCACCCCUAAGGAAUCAGAAGUCUACAGCUAUGACGCGGGGAGGCUACAGAAGAGUUCUGUCCCCUUGGGGACUAUGAGUGCAUAAGUCUGUGUCUAUUCAAAGUUAACAUAUGAUGUAACUAGAAGUUUGAUUUGGUGUAAUGUUGUUGCAGUCUGUUUCUGUUCCAUCUAGAUAGCAAGGGAAAAAACAAAGGUAAAAUGAUUAAUUUGAUUAAGAUGCUGAAUUUGUAAAUGAACAAUUCACAGUGACCUUAAAGUUGGGCCAUGCAUCAUAAGUGAUACCAAUAUGAGGUUUCUACCAACUAGCUUCAAGAUUUUCUAUUUUUCUGAUUUUCUAUUUUUUUCUUUGUGAAAUAAAAACAGAAACUCUAUUGAACUUUUCUGUCUGAAAGACAAAUCAGAUUUAAUCCUAGAGAAGGCUAUGCAAAAGAUGAGGAGGAAAUAUCUAGUGCUAAAAAUGGAAGGCAAGCAAAUCAAUUAUGUCUAUUUUUCUAAAAAUAAAUUAGUUUAUUGCUAAUGUCAUGUGAUAUACGUGUAAGAGCUAUAUAUAUAUUGUUGUCAGGUUGAUGUACAUUGAUUCCUACAAGUGAGUGAAUAACGAGGUUAAACUGUACAAACAAUGUGUAGAAACUGUCUAAAUCUCCAUUCCAGUCAAUGCAUUCAUAUGAUGUCUUUAACAUCGGUAUUGAUGAUAUUGUAAAACAUGUUAUUUUACAUACAAGUGAACAAAUAUUUUGUAAACCAGAUUUUAUUAAAACAACGAAAUGAUUUAUAUAUACGUGUUAUGAAAAUACUUGAGUAUCAGUUUGCAGUAUUUACGGAAUCUGAAGUAUUGAACUGUUACAUAUCAGUGUGUGUCUACUAUUUUAUAAGACAUUUUAGAAAGCAUUGAUUUUUAUUUUGAGUUAGUUUUAAUGUUACAAGGAGAAAUUUGAUUUUGAAAGUUUUUACAAAGCAAAAAAUAAAUGACAAUUGAUUUCUAUCCUAUGUCAGAAUUUAUUUUACAAAGAGAAAUGUGAUUUUGAAAAACAAAACAAAACACAGAUUAACAAUGAAGAAGUAUUCUGUGUAUAUAUGAACCUCUGUUGUGUUUUCUGCUGUUAUAUCUGAUCAUUAUAGUAACAGGUUUUACCAGAACGUAUACACAUGUAUAUAUGUAUUUAAAUAUGAUGAUAUCAAAUAUAUAUUUAUAAGAAAUGUAAGCAACUUUUAAAUAUUUCAGGUUUAAAUGGGUUCUAAAGAACAAUCUACAUAUUAUAUAUAUAUAAAUGAACAAAGAUGAUACAAUUAGUGAAGCAGAACAUGAGUAGAUAUAUACCUUUUUAUAUAUAAUUUAUUAAGCAUUAUACAGUAUUAUUUAUUUUGCAAAUUUACAUACAGAUAUAAGUGUCAAAUACUCAAUUUUAAGCCAUCAUAAUGGAUUCUAAAAUAGUUUUUUGUAGAUUUAUAGAUAAAACUGAAGAAUUACUCAGCAUUUUGUAUUUAAAUGAUAUAUUAGUAAAAUGUUAAGAUUUAUGAAUUUUGUGAAUACAUAUAUACAACAGAAUUCAAUUUAAACAGUCUUAAACAUACUGCUUUACAAACUAUAUACUGUAAACAUACUGCUGUAUUAUAUACUA